CCAUCCUGCCACCGGAGGGUACCCUCCUGUACCACCCUGCCACCGGAGGAUACCCUCCUGUACCACCCUGCCGCCGGAGGGUACCCUCUUUUACCUUCUUGCCACCGGAGGAUACCCUCCUGUACCACCUUGCCACCGGAGGGUACCCUCCUGUAUCACCCUGCCACUGGAGGAUACCCUCCUGUACCACCCUGCCACCGGAGGAUACCCUCCUGUACCACCUUGCCACCGGAGGAUACCCUCCUGUACCACCUUGCCACCGGAGGGUACCCUCCUGUACCACCCUGCCACCGGAGGAUACCCUCCUGUACCACCCUGCCACCGGAGGGUACCCUCCUGUACCAACCUGCCACCGGAGGAUACCCUCCUGUAACACCUUGCCACCGGAGGGUACCCUCCUGUACCACCCUGCCACCGGAGGAUACACCGACAGUAUCCUAG